CCUCGUUCCCUCAGUUUGGUCAACAACGUUUCCCCUGGAAGAGUCGCGGCAAACAUCGCCGACUCUCCGCGCUUCAGAGCUCUGACAUGGAUGGCCUCAGGUCGGCUGGGAGAGCGAUUUUCCGGAGCCCGAGCAUGGCGAAGCAGUCAUGGACCGCCGGCAGACACAGAAAGCUUCCAGAGAACUGGACAGAUACACGGGAGACCAUUUUAGAGGGGAUGACCUUUAACCUCCGGCACUUCGGCAUGACACUUGUGGAUCGGCCCAAAGGAGAGCAGCUGUCAGCUGCUGCUGUGAAGAGGAUUGUUGCUACGACUAAAGCCAGUGGGAAGAAGCCCCAGAAGGUUGCGCUGAAGGUUUCCCCUCAAGGGAUCAUCGUGUUGGACAGGUCUACCAAUAAACCUCUGGAAAGUGUCUCUAUAUACAGGAUCUCCUACUGCACUGUGGACAAGGUGCAUGAUAAAGUGUUCGCUUACAUCGCCCAGAACACCCUGAAUGGGACCCUGGAGUGCCACGCUUACCUCUGCUCCAAGAGAAAAGUGGCACAGGCAGUGGCCCUGACAGUUGCCCAGGCCUUUACAGUAGCCUUUGAGCACUGGCAGGUGGCGAAAGAAGAGAAAGGAGGAAGAAUGAAAUCUGGUUCUGCAGGAGAUGCUAGCAGCAGUUCCCACUCGGAAAGGUCCAAUAGUUUGGGGAGUCUGAAAGGAACAGAUGCAGCCACAGAAAUCCUUUUGGACUUGGAGGAUGGUGUGAAGGUGGUGGUGGAGAGUAAUGGGAAUACAGGCGAUGAUCAGCUGGAUAACCACAGGUCCUCUGAGAUGAAGAACAAUCCUGCCUCGGAAAUAGAAGACAGUUUGGAUGAGGCGUUUUCCAGCUGUGCUCUGGAUAACUAUCUUUCAUUUCCAGACUGGCAGAAUCGCGUACUAACCCCGAGGUCUUGGACACUGGGGUGAUGCCCUACGAUUGGCUGACCGGACCUGACUGGGGCAGCACUGACGGAAACACUCACAACUGUUUAAGCUUCAAGGACGGUACCUUUGAUUUCUGAUAUCUGGCCACUGCACAGCAGAGAGGGACGCUACCAUAAGGAGAAGAAGGAGCAGAAACUGACCUUCCUUUACCUUAUUGUGAGAUUUAAAUGUUUUUUGCAAGAGGCGACAGUGAAAGAUCAACGGAACGAGUGUGGCCUCUUCGCCUUGCUUUUGCACUUUUUACAUGCGCAGUUCUUCCUUCAUUAUGGAAAUGGCACAAGCUGCUACAUCUGCACAUCAAAGCAAUAAAACCAUCCCAUAAUAACACUACAUCUUUUACGCUGCAGGCAAAGUGUAGUGCAAUCUUACUGCAUAAUCAGCAUUAGGACACAGCAUUUGAUGUCCUUUAGUUCACUUGAUCGUGUUUCAGUAUUUCUGGUUGCAGAAGCAACAUGUUUGUAUUUGGUUUCAUCAUAUACUUACAGAUUUUAUUUUAUGUAUAAAGUAGGACAGUUUAAGUUGAAGAUCAGACAACAUAUCUUAAUGACAGCAGGAUAAUUCUUGUUUUCAGCUGUUAUUUAGUUCGUAAUGAGUGAAUUUAAUGCGUAGCUUCGGCCUUCCUCUGCCAACAGAAAUUAUUUGGUGUAAAAUCAGAAAAUGCUCUAUUUAUUUAUGUCCUUGGCUCAAGGUUCGUUGUAAUACGAAUACAUUUCUCACUGAUACAAUGAAACUUUUUCUUGAAUGCCCGUCUUAAUGUACUUUUUUUAAUCGAACACCUUUGUACAGAAAUAAAGUUUAUUAAUUAAUAUAGA